UAGAAUGUCUGACGGUUUAUAAACAUAUGGAACGAUUUGCUUAGUUGCAGCUGUGGACCUGUUUAUAACUUGUAGUGAUGCAAUAUGAACAUACGGACCAAUUUAACCCUCGGAGUGUCACACGCAAGAAGAAAGCUGUCACCAUAAUUACCUUCGGUAACAUGUGUCCUCCAAUCGGUUCAUUAGUACCGUGGCCGACAGGGACAUUCGAUUUUCUACACCCCUGCUUUAUCUUCUCGGCACCUCUGUUUUAGCUGCGACACACAUAUAACCGUUGGAUCCUAAUUAUUGUAAGACCUGAGACCGGAAACACAACAUUUUCCUAGGCCUUAGCUGCUUCUAAGACGUGCUUGUCAGGUAGCUAAGGCUGGGGUACAGAAACUAGUACCUAUUGUCUACUGUACAUCAGACAUUUUCGCCUUAGGGCAUUCACUUAAACUAAGAUCAAUACAUUUCUCUACGGUGCAUCAUUACAUGUAGAUAACGCCAUGUCCCUACCACAUGACACCACGUCACAAAGACUGUGUACCAGCUGUUAUCUGCCUUAGGGUAGAGACAUCCACGUAUGUACAGCAAGAGCCACGUAGAGGCACUAUACAGGUCUGCAAUGAGAAAAAAAAUGGACGUAGUUACAGUUUUUGUUAGCCUUUCCUGGUUAUUGUUAUGGCUGUGCCCCUUGAAAGUAUCUUCAGAGAUGUACUCGUCUAUGUCCCGUCUUGAGAAGUUGGUGGCUGUGGAGGAGAAACUGGUUGAAAUGUCGAAAGAGUUUCUGAAGGAGGAGAAACAUCGACUACAGUCAUUAGAAAGUUUUGUAGAGACAGCAGAGCAGCAGCUGCAAAUGAGCAUGAACAAGUCCAUGUCCCUGGUGCACCACCCGGUCGGAGCGUACCUACUGGUGAAGAGACUGAGCUCGGACUGGUUACAACAAGUCAAGAGCGUCUACCAGCCUCUCACAGAUUACGUGAACAGAUACAACAGCGAGUAUCACGGACAGCUUCCCACGGCCGAGGACGCCCAUUGGUCCGCACAUGCCAUUCUCAGGCUGCAGGAAGUUUACCAGCUGGACAUACGUAAUAUCAUCAGUGGCCAGAUGGAGCUAGGACUCAAAACGAACGACAAUGUAUCUGCCUCUGCGGAGCAGAAUGCUUUGCGGUUGAAGAGAGGGGACGUGUUCGAGAUAGCCAAGGGUGCGUACAGGAACAACGACUACAGCAGCGCCAUCAAGUGGCUGAACGAGUCACUGCAGAUGAUGGAGGAGGAGGAGGAGCCAGUCAAGAACAAAGAGACUCCAGCUGAGGGUGAUGCCCUGCAGUAUCUCGGAUACUCUCUAUACAAGAUGUUUCGCUCCAGGAUUGGAAACUCCAUAAGUGAAGUUGAGAGCCACAUUCGAAUCAGCCAACAGGCGUGGCUGCAUGACAAGGAUGAUGAGGUUGUAGCUCGCGUGAGCAGACGGAUCGGUCUCUUCACCGGUCUCAACACCAGCCCCACAUCCACAGAACUACUCCAGGUGCUGAAUUAUGGACUAGGAGGGCAGUACGAGCCUCAUCAUGACUACAUGACCGCCGAGGAGAAAAUGUGGGGGACGAUAUUGGGCAACAGAAUGGCAACUUUCCUGUUGUAUCUGAACGGCGUCACGGCUGGAGGAGCCACCGUUUUCCCAGUCGUCAAUGUUACGGUUCCAGUCGUGAAGAAUGCCGGAUUGUUGUUUAUGGAUCUUCUUCGGUCGGGAAGGGGCGACGAGAACAGCCUACAUGCAGGGUGUCCCGUCGUCAUCGGGUCCAAAUGGAUUGCCAACAAAUGGAUACACGAAGGCGGAAAUGAGUUCCGAAGAAAAUGCGGCCUCAACCCGAACGAGUGACUAACUCUCUACGAUACCCUCGGCGUCCUAUAAGGGACCAUAAAACUAAAUAACUGUUUAGAAAGGGUGACGAUAUUAUAGCAGGUUUGCCGCAGAGAACACCUUCCAAUUUUUCUUAACCAUUUGACAUAGUCAUCGAUGUUUUCGUAUUUUAGGAGAUGAUUUUCAUUUUAAUGUCAGCCAUUAGUCUGAUAGCCAAGACAUCCCUAAGGAGGGCGGUAACUAAAUUGAUGUGGUAGAUAGCUAUUGGGUUGACAAGGAAGUGAUAAAAGUUUGAGACUCAUUUGGACAGUGGGUAGUGUGUGAUAGCUUAAGGAAUGAACUCAGUAACAGUACAGGACCUGGUAUUUUCUAACAUUGCCGCUAAUGAGAAAAUCCUACACUCAAUGAUAUAAGCCUUCUAGUCAUGGCUCAUAUACCUCAGCGAGUCAAAAGUAUUAGAAAUACAAAUAAUGCCUAGAUAUUAAUUGUAUAAAUGAUAGGUAAAAAUUUUUGGCGGAGGUAUGGGAUCCCUGAAUUCUAGUCUAGUGCGGCAUAUUUUUGCAAAAGCACAUCUCCCUGGUUCUAUCUGUACACUAUCCAAAAGUAAUGAAUGAAUGAUUGCAUAAAUGAAUGAAUGAAGCUUUAUUUGUUUAUGUUCCUUGCGCUUUAUGCGCCCAGCCCGUAUGGGCUUAUAAGACAGAGCUGAAAUACAGAGCAAAUAUGAGUCUUUAGGAUAGAAACCGCAGCAAAGUUUUAAACAAGUUUGCGGAGCGGGCUAAGAUAUAUCUUCCCGUAAAAUGAAACACACACACACACACACACACACACACACACACACACAUAUGCAAGCAA